AUGAUGCAUCCUGCAUUUUACAAGCGUACCAGCGAGAGGAGCUUUUUUGCUGACAAGCAGUCAGAAGUUGGAACAGGCCAAGGUUGGCAAGGACGCAAGGACAAUGCCGGUAUCUUAUUCGUGGUGCUAUCACAUAGCAGCAAUUAUGAAACGCAGGUUGAUGCAAUCAUGAACACGUGGGGUGGCGACGUUCGUGAAGUGCGGGCGGACGGUCUGCUUAUCGUUGGAGACGAGGCAAGGCCCGAUCAUGAGCCACCCAUCAUGGGCGUCAGCAUGUGCGGAGAUGAUCAUGGCAAGGCGCUUUGCUGCAGGAUAGGCUACGCCUUGCAGGAAGCAGCAAAGCAGCUCGAAGAGUAUUCGUGGUUUUUCGUGCUGGAUGAUGACGUGUAUGUAAACAUUGACAACGCCAGGCAGGCGUUGUUAGCUCGCGACCCCUCUGACCUGAUCGCGCUUGGCAUUCCCAACUGUGGUGUAGAGGAUGCGGGAGGCUUUUGUGGUGGGGCAGGUUACAUCGUCAGCCAAGCCAGCUUGCGCAAAAUCAUGGCAAGGUCCGGCGAAGCCUUUCAGGCAGACUUGAUGGGCAACUUGGUCAGUGGUGCAGACGGCUCGGUCUGGGGCGAUCUGAGUGUUUCAG